UUGAAAUUUAUUAUAAAAUUGCACCAGUGAAAGAACUUGUCUUUGCCUGCAGAAAGUAGUUCAAAAGUAUCGUGACUGAUGGACGCCAUGCGGCCAUCUUUCAAUUUGUCUUGUUUAGUGGUAUUUUACGAGAAGUUUUUUGUAGAAACUUCCAAGUGAUUGUGUUUUGAAGUAACUAAACAGUUUAAUAUUUCGUGAGGAAAAAAAGCUGCUUGAUAUAAUUUUAUAAUACUAAAAGUUUGCUUUCAUAUGGCAUCUCUUGUGUUGCUGUGUUAGUACUGGAUACUAAUUCACACGAAGUCCAGUGAAGGUCCUUAUCGAAAUAGGGUUAAAUAUAAAACUGAGAGCUUUGGCAUUAGACUUGUUGUCGAAGAGACUAAUUACUCAAGUCUUUCUCUUACUCUUAGAGGUUAAAUACUUUUUACUUCUGAACUAAAAUUAAGAUACGUAGUUUUGUGACACUAGCUACGUCUAGUUAACGAAAUUAUCACUUAACAAUAAGUUAAAUAACAUUGUACAUCUCGAUAAACAUAAAAUCUCCUUUAAGUUUUAUUUUUAAGUUGAUUAGAAAUUAAUAAAAUAAGGUAUAAAUUUAGCUUUUAAUUUAUCUUAUGAAAUGGUGAUUGAUAGUGAUACUUACUAACUUAGCUAUUACACUUAUACUCACUCAGCCUAUAGUGACUGUGUGUAUGACUCAGUUUGAAUACCAAGUUACCAUUCUAAAGUCUGGUAACUAACUGCAGGCUAUAGCCUUUUCAUAGUUUUGUGUUGAACAAACAAGUCGAAAGGCAGAUGUAGUUAUAAGGUUAGCAAAGUGUUAUUCUCAAAACUGUCUGACUUUAACUUAGUUUUACUAUAUGUUUACUUAUGUAAUUUUGAGUUUAACAUAUUGUAAACACAUUGUACAUCACAACGCAAUUAGAACUUUAACAAAUUGUGGAAAUUUUUUUAAAGUGACUAGAAUGUCUUUGUUGACAAAUAAGAAUUCAAGUAUUUAUUUUUAAACUGCAACUGUAAGAGUGGAUUGAACAAAGAAAAACAACUUGAUCAUAUUUAAUAAAUGAGUUCUUAUAUCUGAUGAAAGUAUUUAUAGUUUUAUAAAUUAUAGUUUGUUACAUAUAAAUUAAACUGCUGGCUUCUGUCAAAAGUAGAUUACUUUCCAAGCUUGUUCUUUCUCAUGUUUCAGCUGCAUAAUAUUACAUGUAUGAGAUAAUCUGCAAACCUGACAUUUGCUAAAGGGUCCUUGCAGAGGAAACUUACUUUAACUUUUAAGUGCCACUGUGUCGUGAUCAUUCUUUCAGAACUAUUUGAACUGUGCUACUUCAAGAAGAUAAGUUUUGUUUAUUUUGAUAUUACACUAUACGAGCCAACAUUAGUGUUGUAGAACCUCCAUUCCAUCAUGAUGAAUAGUAAUACAAAGAGGAAGAACAGGUCAAAUGCAACUAGCAAACCUUCCAGGCCAAAAGGACCACUAGACAAGAAUGUUUCAGUCCAUGUUGAAGGUGUAUAUAGUAAUGCAAGAUUCAUGCAUGGUGCUGCUUCUCUUGUGGGUUGUAUUGUGCAAGUUCAAGCAAAAGAUGGAAAGGUCUUCGAAGGAGUUUUUAAGACAUUUUCUCCAAAGAUGGAGCUGGUGCUUGAGAUGCCAUACAAAGUGGACAUGAAAUCUGCUAAUAUUACUCCUAUACAUGGUUUAGGUGAAAAUCUUAAUAGUUUUAUUACAAACUAUACUGCUCAAGAUUUUGCUACAGAGAAACUUAUCUUCAAUCUUGAGGAUGUUGUAAUGAUUAAUGCUGUAAAUGUAGAUUUAGACUAUGCAACUAGAGGUUUCACAGACUCCUCAAUUAGCAAAUUCAAUGGCCAGGUUUUUGAGAAAGAACUAGAGCCAUGGGAGGGACCAUUAGAGGGAUUUGAUGGACCUGUUUCAUUGGAUUCAGAUAAAGGAGAUGCUAAAAAUGGAUGGGAUGCCAAUGAAAUGUUUCGAACAAAUGCUGAAAAAUAUGGAGUUACUUCAACAUAUGAUUGCACACUCCAAGGCUAUACUGUGCCUUUAGAACCAAAAAAUACAGAAGAAUAUAAGAAACAAGAAGCAAAGGCUAUGAAGAUAGCUCAAGAGAUUGAAAGUAGUCAGCAACAUCGCUUAAGAAUAGCUCUAGAAAAUGGAGAUGAAGAGGAGAGGUAUAGUGCUGUGAUGAGGCCAUCAGAAAAUACGCAGACCAGUUCCAAAUAUGUUCCUCCUCAAAGAAGAAGGAAUAUACCAGUAAGUAAGCCUGUAAGAAAUGUAGCUCCACCAUCUUCCCUACACUCCUUAAAGUCAUCGCAACAUAGUGGCCCUCCAGCACAUUCCCAUGGCCACAAGUCUACAGCCUCUUCACCAAGUCCUGUAUCCAACUCUGUGACCACACCACCUCCCAAUCAUGGAUCUGUCAAGCCAACAUUAUGCACCCAAUCUCCUGUUAUUCCAACUCAACAGCAACCAGUGUCACUUCGUCAGCCACACCACACAGCUCAGUAUCAGGAAUCAAAAGAAAUGAGAGUAAAUGGGGGUAAAGUGUCACAGUCUAAAUAUAAAACAGAGGAGUCAAGGGUAGCUCCACCAACUGAAAACAAAGAGAAUAUUCCCUGUGUUCCACAGAUCACCAGCAAUGCAGCUGUAACAUCUCAACCAGUCACAACUACAACCAAACCUAGUGAAAAAAAAAAGGACCAGGAUAGAAAAGGCGGAAACCAGAAAGGAAGAGAUGAACAGCUAGCAGAAUUUAAAAAAUUUAGUUCAGAUUUCAGGCUGAUGGAAGAGCCAAAGGAACAGAGAGAGCAACAUAGGGAUUCUACUAAACAGAAGCUUGAGCCAACAGCUACUACCCAGGAACCUAAGAUCACAAGUAGAGAUACAUAUGAGAAGGAAAGAGAAAAACUAAAGGAACAGGAAAAAGAACUAAUAGCAACUGAACCUGAAACAACUAUUGCAUCAGAUAAUACCACAAAGUCAUCAAAUUUGAAUCCUAAUGCAAAGGAGUUUACUCUUAAUCCAAAUGCAAAGUCUUUCACUCCACGAACACCAGUGCCAGCAGUCACUCCCCCAGCUCCAGCUACAGUUCAACAGCAUCGAAUGCAUACACAGAGCCCUGUAGUUGCCCUACCCCAGCAGCCCAUGAUGUUAGGAAUGGGUCAACCAGCUUUUACCACCAUGCAACAUCAGUAUUUAGUGUCAUCACCAGGCAACAUGUCACUUACCCCUCAAUUUCCACAAGCUGUAGGAGUUACACAGGGCCAAAGAUUCAGAAAAACACAUCAAAUUGCAGUACAGCAGCGCCAUGAUAUAGCACCAUCUGUUCAUGUAGCUGCAGCCACUGGUCAACCAAUCCUAGCUCCUGCUGCCAUUCCAACUCCACCACAACUUACCAUGCCCUACUCCUCUCAGGGAAUGAUGCCAGGAGGUGGACCACAGCCAGGCUUGCCUUAUGCUCAGAUCUACUCUGUGCUACCCCAAAUGAUGUCUCCUCAGCCUGUAGGAAUGGUUCCUACUUCUCAUACAGUGACCUAUGGUGAAUAUCCACAGAUGACUGGGCAUGUAUAUAUGUCUCCACAUAUGAGAGCUAUGGGACAUAAUCCUCAUGGAGUUCCUGUUAGUGCUGUGCAGAAUAUGUUACCCCAAGCAUCUUCUGGACCCCAUUCAGCCCCAUCAACCCCACAGUCACAGACUCCUGGUACUCCUCUUCAUGCCCCUUCUCCAGUACACCAACAACCUGCUGGUGGACCCCAUGUAACUCCAGCCCAAACUCCAACUCCAACUGGUCAACCCGGUCCCCCCCACACACCACAACCUGUGGUUUAUAGCCAGAUGAUGCCCCAACCUUCCAUACAACCUGGGCAUCAUAACCCCAACACUUCCCAGGCACCUCAUCUAAAUCAGAACCACCCACAUCCCCACCAUAAUAAUUUCUCAGGUACCCCCCAAUCUAUGAUCCUUAUGUCUCACACUCCCCACCACUCUGUAGCUUCCUCUGGACACCAUGCACUCCAGGGACAUCCAAUUCAUGGGCAUAAUCCAGGAAAUCAUGCUGGGACUCCUACACAUGUGAUUCCUCACAUGCCAAUGACCAUUAUUCCAACUAGUGGUACCAUGGGUCCAACCCCCAUGGUCAGUGCACCUUUUGUAGCCCAUCCACAGGGAACCAGCCAAGGUCAACCAAAUCCUGUACCAGCCUAUCCACAUAGUCAGUAAUAGUCAAAGUAUUGUUAUAAAAGAACAACUGUGGCCAUGUCAGGUAAAGAAAAACCAUCCUAGAGUGGAGAAGAAAAUCUAUGAAAAAUUAAGUUAUUUAAAUUAGGAAAAUAACUGAAACAUAAUGAACUGUCAGGCAAAAACAGUAGAGUUUUAUUUGAGCACUAAAAAAUCAUUGAGCCUGAAGAGAAAAAAAAAAAAGAACAAUAAUAAGGUAUUAAAUUGCAUAUUUAAAUUUCCAGCCUUCAAAUACAAAAGCUUAUGAACAUUUUCAUCAAAAACAGUAGAGUAUGAAUUCUGUUAACCCAAACUGGGGAAAUAAAUUCCUGAUGUAGCUAAAUUUAAGACAAAUAAAAAAUAACCAAAACA